UAACAACGUCAUCCGGUUACCAAACUACAAUAGAGCUCCUCCAUCAUCCCUCUAUCUUCUUCUGAUCUUCACUUCAGAGUAGAGAUAGAGAACAACAACAUCCUUCUUCCAUGGCUACAUCGUCUCUCUGCAAUUUCCUAUCCUUCUUACUACCCUCACAACAAAAAACCCAAACCCUAAAAUCACUACCAUCUCAACUCGCUCCUCCAUCAUCAUCAUCAACAUCAUCACCCUCUACUUUAUCUUAUCAAGAAAAGAACAGAAAUGGGUUUGUUCCAGUAAUGUCGUCAUAUGAGAGUAAUCCAUCUUCAUCAAAUUCUGUUGUUAAUGAUGAAUUACUAUCCGUAGUAUGCCCAUCACUGGCUUAUUCAAAUACCCUUUUCUUUAAAACUGCUUAUAAUGUUCAAGUAGUUGUUGAUGAGGAUGAACCUGAAGAAGUUUUACUAAGAAGGUUUAAAAGAGAAGUAUUUAGAGCUGGUGUUAUUAAUGAGUGCAAAAGAAGAAGGUUUUUUGAAAAUAAACAAGAAGAAAAGAAAAGGAAGCAUAAAGAAGCUGCUAAGAGGAAUCGAAGAAGACGUCCGUUUGUACAAAGGCCAGAUAAACAAGAAAUGGCUUCUAGCGAAAAGGAAAAGAGGGCGAAGGAAGAUGAUGAGGAUAACUGGGAGCUUCCUAAAGGAAACAUUCCAUACUGAUAAAAGAACAUCUGGGAGUGUAAUGUAAUACCUUUUGUUUUCCUCUCUGUAUAAGAAAGGGGAUGAUGUGUUUAAUCAGUUGAUGAGUAGUAAGAUUUUCAGGCUCGGAUCAAUGGGUGCCUUGAACUGACUAAUUCUGCAGCUUUGUAAUAUUUAGGAGGAUUAUGCUCUUGCCACUGGUGAUUUUGUGUUUGUCUGUUUUUGGUGUUGUAUGCAACAAUUGCUGAGUCUUAUUAGGGCUGAGAACUGCUCAUGUUAAAUGGAGACUGUUUUGUGCUUGAUUAUAUAGGCUCUAUAUGCUGGUUUA